AUGGCUGUUCAAGCAGCAGACCUCAUGGAUUCAGAGCCAACCUUGCGGAUUGGAACCGCUGUUUGCAGAGUACAAGCUCCGCUUGAAAAGGCGCUGGUCCCUGAAACCCAGUUCUUUCACAAUCCACAGCAAACUCUGGCACUGCACGAUAUGCUUCGCGACAUUGCAGCCUCUGAGCACCUGCUUUUGAUGGGCAACCAGGGCGUUGGCAAGAACAAGCUCAUCGACAAAAUGCUUAUGCUACUGCACCGGGAGCGUGAGUACAUCCAGCUACACCGCGACACAACUGUGGGCUCGCUUACCUUGGUGCCAAGCUUGCGCAAUGGCCUCUUGUGCUAUGACGACUCGCCUCUGGUGAAGGCCAUGAUCAACGGUCGAGUUCUUGUGAUCGAUGAAUUCGACAAGGCUCCCACGGAAGUCGUGCUAACUCUUAAAGGACUCCUGCAGGAUGGUGAGAUCCUCCUGGCAGAUGGCCGACGCUUUGUGCGACACCAGAACAUCCAUGAGGCCUUCCUCGUUGUGGCCUUAGCAAACCGCCCGGGAUUUCCGUUUUUGGGAAACGAUUUCUUCCGUGAGAUGGGGGACUGCUUUGCAUGCCAUGCCGUCCAGAACCCAGACCAGGCGUCAGAGGUCGCCAUGCUGCAGUCCUAUGCACCGCAGGUUCCGGUGGCGUUGUUGGAGAUGUUGUCUGCAUCUUUUAGUGAACUGCGACAAAUGGUCGAAGAUGGAAAGCUCUCAUACCCAUACUCAACCCGAGAACUAGUCAACAUCGUACGCCACUUAGCCGUGUAUCCAGAUGACUCCAUUGACAGUGUCAUGGAAAACGUCUUCGCCUUUGAUGCCUUCGAUGCACAGCUUCGACAAGUGGUCUUCAGCAUUUUCCGCCGUCAUGGGCUGCCUCUGGCGUCCGACUCUCAAGGCAUGGCCGUGGCUCAGCGACGCACGCGGGUUGCAGCUGCCGUGCAUCUCGGCCCACCUGAGAAGGUGGCCACCUUCCAGCGCUCUCAUAGCGAGCAGGCUCAACGAGCGACGCUGGAGAGCCCUUUGCUGGAAAGCUGGCGACGGUUUGAAGGUGGUUGGCUUCCAUUCCAGAGUAAGUCGUCGAGAUCAAGAGAGUUCUCAGAAGAGGAUCGCUGGUGGGCGCUGGGCUUCGUCACGACGGACGGUGUCGUCAUCAAAGGCAAGGACCCCAUCACCGGUUCUUGGCUGGGAGCGUUGCUGGGAAUGGCAUCUGUACAAGGGUGCUUGUGCAUCCUUAGUAGCCAGAUGGUUCUCCACGUUCAUGACGUGCAUCGUGAAGCUUGCUGUGAAAUCAGCUUGGCAGCCGGCAGCACGCUCAAGGAUCGUGCAUCUUAUGCAAUUGGUCGUUCGUUGCUUCCUGUGAGGGAUUCAAAGGGAGGCUGUGUCUGCACCUACGAUACGCGAAACGCUGCACAUCUGAGCAUCUGGCCUGCCGAUGGGGUCGUUUACAGCUUGAAAGUGCAGCCCCCAAGUUCGCCUCAAGAGGCAAAGAUUGUCUGUGCCGGGCUGUUGGCAGAUUUGCCUUUGGCGAUUUACCACGCGGAGUCUGGGAGCGAGCUUCUGCUCGUUCGCUGCGGCUCUUUCGACUCGGCUGCUUUUGCAGGAGUUGCAAGACUUGCUUUGGAUCUGCCCGCCAAGAUGGGUUUGCUGGCAGUCUACGUUCUCAGUCGCGAGCGCAUUCUACUCAGAUGUGCCGACUCGAGCGGGACAUUGCAGCUUUACGAGCUUGUUCUUCCGACAGGAGUGGCGGGCAACUGCGAAAACGAUGUUGAUUCGUACCUGGCAUCUUUGUCGUCUCUGGGGGCGCAUCUCCACUUCGCACGUUGGGAGCCCCAACUAGAGCCUCGCUUCUGGUCGCCAGUCCACCCUAGCGAGCUUUCUCUUCAGCCACACUUCGCUGGCCUUCCCCACGACCCGUCAGACUGCGACGCCGGCGACGCCAGCAUGCUUUCACAGGUAUUGUUGACCGAGGAUACGUACUGCAGCUUUGCAGUGGGUUUGAAUGUGGACGUGCCUGGCAAUGCUCACCCUAUCAUGGGAUACCGACGUUCUUCGACACUCUCCGAACUUCAGGAUGUUGUACAGGCAUCGACCAGUUUUCAGACCAGCCCGAGGCACUUUAUCUCGUGCUGGCACAGCGCUUCGAAAAGCCUGGUGUCAGUUUCGUGGCUGAGUGAUUCCAGGGGUCCUGUCUACUCGGUGGACCAGGGCUGUGUCUGGCUUGAGGUCGUGGAUGUCGCAAACGGGCAAAUGCGCCGCAUUGUCCUCGGCAAGGUUCCAGGUCUGGGCUUGGCUUCAAGGUCUUUGACAGGAGCCGGGACCGACAACUCUUUGGCAGAGCAGGGAAUGCUAUUGACAAGGCGAGGAGGUUCUGUGGCCGCAGCACCUCGCAAGCAAAUGGAAAUGCCCAGUUGCGUUGCAUGCUGCGAGAUGGAGGACGGGCGCUUGGCACUUCUUUUUGCAGACUCUCAUGUUCGCAUCCUGGAGAUUCGGAAAGGGCAGCUGGCAGUUCAGGAAGCGCUCCAUCGCAGCAUGCGCGGGGCCGGCGCCGAUGCCGACACCGAGAGCCUCGAGAGCGAGGGCCGAAGCCUUCCUGGCGAGUCGGAGGAUGACGAAGCUGAUGAUCUUGAUGUCGAAGACACUGAAGAGGGCGAGGAGACGGACGAAUCGAGUGUUGACGCCAGAUCAGCCUCCACACCAGGAAUGGUCGGAGGUUCAAGGGGCAAAGGUCGUGGGCGCUGCGGCAAGCGUGGAAAAGGUCGACUGGGACGUGGCCGUGGGGGCGGGGCGAGGCAACAGAGCUCCAAGGAUUCCAGUGGCGAUGCAAAAGCAGGAGCGGGAGCCGGGAAGGUCCUCCAGAAGGCCAGGGAGCGAGCAAUGCUCGCAGUCGGAAAAGAGAAGCUGGAGCUGGAGCUUGCUGACCUGGACAUUGCCAAGUAUGACGAGCUUUUCCGCACAGUGGAAAAGGAAGUGACGCAAUUGCGGGUGAUUCUCCAAGCGGUGGAAGCCAAAGAAAAGGAGAGGACCUGGCUGCGAGGAAAGACAGUAGGCGAACUGGACGACAGCAAGAUUGUGGAUUUUGCGAUUGGCGAGAAGACUGUUUUCAAGCACCGUGGUCAACGCGAGGACCCGUCUGUGGCGCAAGCCCUUCCAAAACGACUCUCAUUCGUGGUCGACGUCAGCGGUUCGAUGGCAGUUUUCAAUGGCGAUGGACGGCUUGAUCGGCUUUGCGCCUCCAUGGUGAUGGUCAUGGAGGGUUUGUUCGGGCUGGAGCACAAGUACCUGUAUGAGAUCGUCGGCCACAGUGGUGAGACGGAUUGGCUGCCAUUUGUCAGGAUGGGCAAACCUCCACGCAAUCGGGCAGAGCGCUUUGCCGUUGUUAGUGCCAUGGCAGACCAUGCUUCCUUCGCCCGCAGUGGGGACAACACACUUUCGGCUGGCAUCAGAGCAAUGACUGAAAUUGUCAAAGAACAGGCAGAUGACUACUUUGUUUUCCUGGUUUCAGAUGCGAAUCUCCGAGGCUAUGGCAUAUCGCCGCAGGAUUUAGCGUCAGCUUUGACAAACGACCGGAGGAUCAACGCUCAUGCUAUAUUCAUAGCAGAGCCAGACGCGGCACAAGAGAUGAAGUUGUCAAUGCCUGUGGGUCAUGCGCAUUUGGUGCUUGACACCGAAGGCUUGCCACUGCUUUUGAAGAACAUUUUCGCGAAAGCUGUGCUCACAGGCCUGUCGAGCAAGCUGCAAAAUCGAGCCUCCACGGAGUGUGAAGAUGACGUGGAGUUGAAGGUCUCCUUCAAGGAUUUAGAUGGAGCUUGUGAAGAGCUCAUCGAGUACGAGGUUGGAUCCUUUGUUUCCGCCAUGCCAUCGUCUGGAAGUAGGGCCCACUUCCAGCGGAAAUCUGGAUGGUGCAGGCGGUGCCGAGGACUGCUGUCGUCAGCGACAGCGUCAGAGGAAGUUGUGACAAUCAUGCGUGGCUACUUCUGGAAGUUCAAUACCGGAGUGGAGCUGUCGUCCGAAAGCCUUGGGAAGUUGGCGAACUGGCGCAGGCGGAUCUUCUGCCUGCAGCGAAAGUCCGCAACAACGGUCAUCACGUACCUUUCUGAGAAAGAAAAUGGCGUCCUGCAGCUGGCGUGCGUAGUCCAGGGUGCUCAUUUUCACAUCUGUCCAUGGCGGCAAACUUGCAGAGUGUCGAGGCUGCCAGGAGUGGAGCUGGAAGUGCCGGAGUCGAGCAGAGAAGAACUCUACGACUCGAUGCGGCAGUAUGAUGUCGCUUUUGCUGGAAAACCGAUGAGUUCCAGCUACGCCUCGCUCAUUCCUGAACGCUUGCAGGUACUGAGCUUCCGACGAUUGCAGGAUGCCAUGGAGCCCUCUUUGAUACUCGGGGCUCGUCCAGAUGCUCGAGUGAAGACUGGGCAGUGCCAUGAUGCUUUUUGCAGUGACAUACAAAUGGCAUUGGAGUGA